UUAUUACUGGAACAUUGAAUUAUUCUGCUUUUUGGUCUUAUAUCAGUGAGAUCGCAUUAACAUUUUGGUCAAAUACGCUUCACCGUACAGUCUGAGCCUUCAUUAGCGAGGAUAGAGAUAGAAUUAGUCAGUAAGAAAAUGUUGUAGUAGUAGUUAUCAACAUAAUUGGAGACAUUAUCUUUGAAAUUGUCCUGUAUUUAAACAAAUUGCUAACUGCAAUUUGAUUUCGGCGAAAAUUAAUGGCAUCAAUUAGCAAAAUACCAAGCUCUGCAAAGGAUGAGGAUCUAGAAGAGGAGAUUGAACAUUUUGAUGAUUUUACCCUGGCCUCUUCAUGGGAAAGGUUCAUAUCUGAGAUAGAGGCAGUUUGCAGGCAGUGGUUGGCUGAUGGCACCAAGAAUUUGUUGAAAAAUGGUGCUAUCAGUGUGAAUAUCUCUGAGGACCUAUAUAAGGUCAAAACUGACCUGAAGUAUGCGAUGAAAAGCUAUUGCAUGGAGUACUAUUUUGGAACACAUAAUGAUGUUGGUCGAGGAAAAGGAAAUGACUGGAGUUGUGCAUUGCAUGAUCUGCAACUGUCUUUUGGGGUGAAUGAGUUCCUGGUGAUUGCUCCUCAAAGUGCCAGUGGAGUGGUUCUUGAUGGACCAGAGGCCAGCAAGCUUCUAAGUGCAGUUGCUAUUGCCUUGUCAAAUUGUUCCUGUUUGUGGCCGGCAUUUGUUCCAGUGCAUGUUCCUUCUCGUAAAGCAUACAUUGGCAUCCAGAACAUGGGAACCCUUUACACUAGACGAUUUGAAGCUGACCGUAUAGGUAGCCAGGUGCCGUUGAAGCUUAUGCAUUUGGAGGGAUUAUAUGAGCUAUUUGUUUCUAAAUUUGCCUUCUCCAAUAUGGACCUGUCCAUGCAUCUUUUUCAAGUCAAUCUCAAGAUGAAUCUGACCUAUCGUACAGUUCCCUACGACGAGGAUUUUGAUGUACAAGAACCUGAGGGAGGCAUUACAGAAGCAGGGGGAAGUCCCAAAAGCAAACAUCAUAAUAGAAAACCGUGGGAUGACGAUUGUCCUUGGAGUGAGUGGUACUCUGCGGAGGACCCAGUAAAAGGUUUUGAGCUGCUUACUAUAUGGUCUGAGAAGGCAAUUGAGAGUUCACUAGAAAUGGCUGAGCUGGAAAAUGCUUCACCUCUUGAGGCUGAGAAGUGGUCGAUAUCUCCAUGCGUAUCUGAGAUUCUAAGUGCUGAUUCUGAUGGAAAGAGAAUUGGAUUUGCAUCGCAGUUGCAGCUUUUAAUUGAUGCUUUGCAUAUGUCACUGGAAACACAAUUUGUGGAAGAUUUUGUUUCAGUAGAGCACUCAAGACCUGAGAAUUUAAAGUCUACUGCCAUCAUACCUCCCCCAACUGUCCUUGAUCGUGUGCUUAAAGACCUAUUUUAUGAGGUUGAAGCAGCCCAACCUGAUUUUGCUGAAGGAGAUCACAAAAAUUCUCGGACCAUUAAAGGCGCUCCUCUUGAAUCACUUUUUGGGCAGUUCUGUCUGCACGCUCUCUGGGUUGGCGAUUGCAAUAUAAGGGCUAUUGCAGCAUUCUGGAUAGAGUUCGUACGGGAAGUUCGCUGGUGUUGGGAAGAGUCACAGCCAUUACCUAGAAUGCCAGCCAAUGGUGUAAUUGACCUAACUACCUGUUUAAUUAACCAGAAAUUACACAUGCUUGCAAUUUGUAUGGAUAGAAAGCAUCAGUUUAAUCAAAAGGGUCCGAAGGCAGAUGAAAACGGAGUUUUUCUUUCUGCUCGUAUUAAGGCAGACACUGAAGUCCAAAGUGUUAUAUCUUCUCAAGAUGGAGAUGCUCAGGCUUCUUGUUGGGAAUGUGACAGUCUAUCAACACCAGAUCAAGAUCCUGCAAGUCAUAUUUCAAGUUUUGAACAUUCUGGUGCUGUGAAGUUAGGUGAUCCAGAGCAUUCGGCAUGUAUUAGGAGGGGAUCGGCUGGUGUUGUUGGGUCUAUGAUGCUUUUGAAAUCUUACCAGAACAUGCAUGCUCCAUUUACACGGGUUGAUUUACCUGAUUCACCACUGAUGACUGAAGACAUGCAUGAAGAACGUCUACAAGCCAUUGAGGCCCUUGGUGAUUCUUCUAGAUUUUCCGCCCAACUAGAGAAAGACAUUUUGUCAUCAGAUAUGUCUGCAUUUAAAGCAGCAAAUCCGGAUGCUGUGUUUGAAGAUUUCAUCCGCUGGCAUUCACCCAGGGACUGGGAAAAUGAUGAUAAUAUGGAGAAGGGAGUAUCUCAAAUUAAUGCAGUGGUAGAGUCAACAUAUGAUUGGCCACCUCGUGGAAAACUUUCGGAAAGAAUGUCUGAGCAUGGGAAUUUAUGGAGAAAGAUAUGGAACGAGGCACCUCCAUUGCCAGCUUCUGAGCAGAAGCCCCUUCUGGAUCCAAAUCAAGAAGGAGAAAAGGUUCUUCAUUAUUUGGAAACACUGCGGCCAUAUCAGUUGUUGGAACAAAUGGUUUCUACUGCUUUUAGAGCAACAGCUGACACACUAAAUAAAACGUCAUUUGGAGGUCUAAAGCAGAUGACCACCAGAAUUGAACAACUUUACCUCACCAUGUCAACGACUCUCAGAUGCUUGCAAACAAAUAGCCUUUUUGUUGAUGCAGAAGAUAUUAAAGACCUGAAGCGGCUCUGUACAACUUUUGCACAUGUCGAGAAUUUGAUAACACUUGCUGCAUCUCUUCAUCGCAAGUUCAUGCAAGCACCACGUCUAUCAGAAUCAAUCUUCAAUGACUACGAUAACUUCCAUGUACCAAAACUUGGAACAGUCUCAAUUGGUCGUGAUGUGAAAAAGGUUUUCAAUAAUGAACAAGAAGUUAGGCAAGGAGAGAGAGAAGUAAUUGCAAGCAUGUUCACCCCACCUACUGCAAAUCAAUCAUGGAGGAAAGUAUUAAGCAUGGGAAAUCUUCUCAAUGGCCAUGAACCAGUGUCGAGAGAGAUCAUAUUUACCAAACGCGAUCACCUUUGCGAAAAUUACUAUGUUGGUCAUGCUCCGAGGGGUUAUCAACAAGAAUUUGAAACAUACAGAAUGUACGUAUGCGGAACCUCAAAUGAUCUGGGUGUGGCAUUAGCAGUUACCUCUUGUGACUAGUUUUGUCAUCACAGGGAUCAGGCAAGAUCGAGGACCAGAUCGAUGUGGCUUCUUGUCCUUUUAGCUUAUUGACCUUUAUUUUCACCAAAAAUGUUCUAAUUUCUCUUUACCAAAUAAAAACGAUAACUUAACUCGCGAAUAAGAAAUUUGCAAAGCUACAAGAAGGAAAUUGCAGUAUAUUAGUUGUAAUUUCAUAAAGGUGCGCAAUGGGCGUCUCCAUUUAAGAUUUUC